AUGGCCUUGAGCUUGUGCGAGCUCAAUUCUGAGAAAUGGGCCAUCAGUAGCAGUAAGGACCCGCUGUUGCUGACACAUGCCGUAAAGCAGCAACUUACUGGGGCCUCUCUUAUCGCGGAACGCUCGUUCCGGGAGGUGGGUGCAGUUCUGGUUCAGCUGGAGGAGAGCCAGGCGGGUCGCCAGGCCUUGGAGGCGGAGAAGCAGAAACUGACCCAACAGGUCGAGGGCAUGAAGGGGGAGGCUAUGGAGAAGAUUAGCCAGGCCCGGCGCACGGCCGAGGAAGAGGCGGAUAAGAAAUAUCUUGAGCUGUAUGACUUAGUAGUUGACGAUGAUGAGAAUGAGUUAUUGAGGACAAUGGAAAUGAGCAUGAAACUAAAGUAUGACUAG